AUGUAUUUGGGAGACAGUCACGUCCUAUUGAAUACCUUGUGCUGGUGCUGCCAUCGAAAAAUCUGGUUACACUCCGGGGAGGACUGCUACCACUGCAGAACUGAACCACUUCGGCCAUGAGAUGAGUGUCCGGCCUGAGCAGGCACACCAUGAAUAGAUACACAACAAUCAGGCAGCUCGGGGAUGGAACCUACGGUUCCGUCCUGCUGGGAAGAAGCAUUGAGUCUGGGGAGCUGAUUGCUAUUAAAAA